UAUCCCUUUAAAAAAAAAAGAAAAAAAAAAUACGUACGUUAUCUUUGUCCCUUCUUCACUGUACUGAGUCCGUAAACCGUAAUGCAUGAAACACUAUCCUCCUUUUUCCACACUCUCUCUUACAGAAUUGCUCUGAAACUUUGAGAAAUUGGAGAUUACGACUUAAACAGUGUAUGUCACUGUUAACUCAUUUAAUGCGGUCUUAGGAAACAUCACUGAGUUUGCCACAUAUCAAUCCAAUUUUUGCAAUUCAUUAGCCCUCAGCUUAUAUCUACAAAAAGUACUAUUUGUUCUUCAAUCAAGACCUAAAGAGAUCAAGGUUUCCAUAAUCAAGACCUAAAGAAAAAAGAAAUCAAUUUCAUUUUUUAUUCUUCAAUUGUCUCUACUCUAGGUCUAGGUUUCUCUCUCUCUCACUACAAUUUACAAAGAAACCAAAAACACCUUCCUAUCUCAAGUUUAAGAAAAAAUGAGUUGUGUGAAUCUUAGUACAUGGGUCCAAACCUGUUCAUUGUUCAACCAAGCAGGUAGAUCCAGAUCCCCAAGUUUCCAAAUCCUUCAUCCUCUGAAAAACAUACCUGUUUCCAUCAUAUCCCAAAAACGACGAAGACCCAUCUCAUCUUUUUCAGUUUCUGCGGUGCUCACCAAGCAAGACACUCUCAGAGAAGAGGAAGAGUCUGAAUCAGAACCCACUUUCAGUUUCAAAGGCUACGUUGCCCAGAAAGCCAAUUCCGUCAACCAAGCCCUCGAAGCCUGUGUUUCGCUUAAGGACCCAAAGAAGAUUCACGAGGCUAUGCGCUAUUCUCUCCUCGCCGGUGGCAAGCGAGUCCGACCCAUGCUUUGCAUCGCGGCGUGUGAGCUCGUCGGAGGCACCGAGUCCAUAGCCAUGCCCGCCGCUUGCGCCGUCGAGAUGAUCCACACCAUGUCUCUCAUCCACGACGAUCUUCCUUGCAUGGACAACGAUGAUCUCCGCCGUGGAAAGCCCACAAACCACAAAGUGUUCGGCGAGGACGUCGCGGUUCUCGCCGGCGAUGCGCUUUUAGCCUUCGCUUUCGAGCACAUAGCGGUUUCUACGGUGGGUGUGCCGCCGGCGAGGGUUAUCAGAGCCGUCGGAGAGCUCGCGAGGUCGAUUGGGACAGAAGGACUUGUUGCAGGCCAAGUGGUUGAUAUUUGUUCUGAGGGACUUACCGAUGUGGGUUUGGAACACCUUGAGUUUAUCCAUUUACACAAAACGGCAGCGUUGCUUGAAGCUGCUGUGGUGCUAGGAGCAAUUCUGGGAGGUGGGUCUCACGAAGAGGUUGAAAAGUUGAGGAAUUUCGCGAGGUAUAUUGGGUUGUUGUUUCAAGUGGUGGAUGAUAUUCUUGAUGUGACAAAAUCGUCUCAGGAAUUGGGGAAAACAGCUGGGAAAGACUUGGUCGCUGAUAAGGCUACUUAUCCAAAGCUAAUGGGCAUUGAAAAGUCGAAGGAGCUUGCGGAUAAAUUGAACAAGGAUGCACAAGAUCAGCUAUCUGGGUUUGAUCCAAAGAAGGCUGCCCCGUUGAUUGCUUUGGCUAAUUACAUUGCUAAUCGGCAAAACUAGUCUCAUUAUAUGUAUAACAAUUGUUGCUUAGGUGAAAUGGAUAUUUAUGUUUGAGAAAAGGUUAGAAGACUUUGCUGUAGCAGAAGAGCUUGUAUCAAAUCUUUGGAAUAUUCUUCUACAUGGAUGAAUCAAUUAUAUCAAUUUUUUUUUUCUUUUGAGAUUCAUCUGUGUAUGCUGGAAUAGUCUUUAUGUUUCAGAUGCCAGUAAUAUGCUGCAUCAUCCUGUGUAAUAAUGCCCAGAAGAAAUGAAUAGAUCUUCUCAUGAAAUCCGAAUUUGAGGGAUUCAUCGUUCUCUCAA